GGAAUAAAGUACUGAAUUAAAUUACGAUUUAGUAGCAGCUCUUCUGCCAAAACCGAACUCUCACUGUAGCAGAGCGAGAAGAAGCGAGCAGAGACUCUCUCUCUCUCUGUCUCAAGGACAAAACCUAAUCCGAACCUAGAGCCAAAGCGAUCGGAGAACAAGAAGACCGAGAAGGCGGAGGAGAUGGCCAGGCCCAACAGUUCAUGCUUCAAGAUCAUCGGCUGCGGUGGCGGAGACGCCGUCGACAACGACGAGCUAGCGCACGGAGAGGACAAAGCUUCAUCAGACAAGCAUAGGUGGAGCUUCUGUAGGAGAUCAUCCAAGCAUCGAGUGCUUAGCAACACUGCUGUCUCAGAACCUAUUUCUGUUUGCUCUAUCAAGGAUAACCAAGAAAUCUCAACUAUUAAUUUCAAUUCACCAAAAUAUUCUUUACCUGAAAGAGCUGAAGUACAAGAAAAGCCAAUUGAAACGGCUCCAUCGUCAUCAGGCAUAGUAAAUACUGAAGCUCCUCCAUCAAGUUCUAACAGAAGUAUAACCCCAGCUGGGUCUACCCUCAGUCAAUACGAUGCUAUUGUUAUUCAGGCAGCAAUAAGGGCAUAUUUGGCUGAGAAAAGGCUCCUCAAACUCAAGAUUGUUGUCAAGUUGCAAGCCGCUAUACGUGGAUAUUUGGUCAAGAGGCAGGCAAUUGGAUCUUUGCGGUGUAUUCAGGCCAUCAUAAGAAUGCAAUCACUUAUAAGGGCUCGUCAUGCUCAUAAGUUAAUUGGGAAGCUCACUUCACCAGAAGAAAAAUUCCAGGAGAAGGGAGAUUCUUUUGUGAAAUCAAAUAAAGCAUCAAACAAGCUAUUACUCUCAAAUGGCCUUGUUCGUCAGCUUUUGGAAACUACACCAAGGACAAAAUCCAUUUACAUAAAAUGUGAUCCGUCAAAGUCUGAUUCAGCAUGGAAGUGGUUGGAAAUAUGGACAGCUUUAAUAUCAUCAGGAGUAGGCAAACAACAGGAGCAAAAUUUGAAUCAUGACAAUUGGUCAGUAGAAGAGAAUGCUAAUAUGGUAGAGAGUGAACCAGCAAAAGAGAACCCAUAUGCAGCUUCCUCAUUGUUAUUGGAUUCUCCAGCAGAACUAAUCCUGGCAGAUGGUAAAAGGAGUUCAGUGAUUGAAAAUGUUGGCAACUUCGAGUUUCAGACUCCAGUAAUUGCUCCAAAUAAUUCAUUCAAUCCUUUAUUGAGGGUUGAUGUGGAAAAUUCAGAACUGAAAAAUGAGCUUUUCAACACCAUGUCCCAAGAUUGUACGGACACCAAGAUGGUCAAUAAGGAAAAUAUGGAUUGUGUAUCAGAUAAUAAACAAUUGCAACCAAAUCAAAGUUUGGAAAUAUUAGUUACUACUGUACCUGAUAAGCUUCAAUCUGUGAGAGACAGUUCCAAGCAUAGUGCUGAAAAGGCAUCCUCUGAAACACUAGAGAAGGAAGGCAAGAAAUUUGUGAUUGUUUCAAGAAAACCAUGCAAUCCAGCAUUUGUUGCAGCUCAGUCAAAGUUUGAAGAACUGAGUUCAAUGUCAAAUGUUGGUCGAUCUGUUAGUUCUGCUGCUGCAUUGAAAUCAAAAACAGAGAGCCAUAGUAUUCAGAAUAAUUCUUUUACAAAUAACAAUGAAGCAAUUUCAGCAGAGAAUUUGAUAUUCAAUGAUUCAAGGAUUCAAGCAGCAGUUUCAGAGUGUGGCACUGAAAUAUCUAUCUCCUCAACGCUUGACUCACCAGACAAAUCUGAAACUGAAGGUGGGGAAAUUGUUAUUGAAAUCGGAGCCCUGGAGAAAGAGAAUUAUGCCAUUAUUGCUGAUGCUGAGAAUGCUUUUGACCUUUCUAACUUGGGUGCCAACAGGAGACCUGAUGGAACUGACCAGUCAAUGGCUAACUUGAAUGCUUCCAUCAACUUGCCGCAGGUUGAUCAACAUCCAGCUGAGCCAACUAAUUCCAAUGUACCGACUCAUGUGGAAGGUAUGCUGGAACAAGCUAGAUCACCUGAAGGAACUCCCAGAAGCCUUGCGACAGUCCCUGAUUUACAUGGAACCCCAUCUAGUGAUGUCUCUGUAAAUGCCAAAAAGAGUCAGAAAGACAAUGACACACCUGCUGAGAGGCGAAGGUCUCAAUCGAUUGGUAAAAGAUCACCCUCUAAACCCAAUAAUGAUUCAAGUGGAAGAAGUAGCACAGAUCGUAUAACUAAGGAUUCAAAGAUUCUCAAGCGGCGUAACUCAUUUGGGAUAGCAAAGACUGAUCAUGUUGAUCAGGAACCUAGGCUCAGUAGUAGCAAUUCUCUUCCAGGUUAUAUGCAAGCCACUGCAUCUGCAAGAGCGAGAGCCCAUGUUAAUACAUCUCCAAAAUCCAGCCCUGAUCUGCAUGAUAGCCAGCCCAAGAAAAGACAUUCCUUGCCUAUUGAAAAUGGAAAGCAGAAUUCAUCGCCACACAUGCAAAGUUCAGCAUCACAAGCCCAGCAGAGUGCAAAGGGCAACGAAGCUCAUUCUCCUCAUAAUUCUGCUGAGAGAAGAUGGCAAAGAUGAUCAAGCCUCAAGAGCAACAUAUGAUCCGAAUCCAUACUUGAACGCAAUGAUGCUAAUGCUAUAUUUGUAGGAGAGUCGGCUUCUAAUUAAGCUCAUUGGGCUUGGAAGAGGAGCUUACAAUGUAGUGGUGUGUACAUUACCAAUACUGAGAAGCUCCUACACAUCAGGUGAUAUGUUGGAAUGAACUGUGUGUGCGCGGUACAAGGUUUGAUGCUGUUGAGCGUUUGUUACAGGGUGAGUUUAAUGUAUUUAUUGUAUGCAUGUAUGUUGCAAGUUUUGUUAUGUAUUUCUGUAAGACAGGCUAUCUCAUCUUUUUGAUGACCACCAUAAACAUUGGGCUGGCAGUUAGCUACCUGUUCUUGGCGA